AUGGUUGUGACCGAUGGGGAAAAUGCAAACAGAGCAGCAGCAGCACUUUUGCAACAGAGGUACCCGAAAAUUCAAUGGGCAGCAUGUUUUGCCCAUUGCUUGAACAAUGCCUUGAAAGACUUUGGUGUACUUCGAUGGAUGGCAACACUUCUGGAGCGUGGAAAGUCUUUGGUGAUCUUCGUUAGAAACCACUCUCAUAUAGUGGCACUGCUGGCGGAGUUUACUCACAAGCGAUUGCUGUGUUAUUGUGAUACCAGGUUCGGCUACAACUUCAUUAUGAUGGAGAGGCUGGUGGAGCUCCGAGAAGCUUUACAACAGAUGUUCGUAUGCCCUGCGUACAGAGCAAGGCUUGAGUUGAAGUCGAGAGCAGGAAGGGACAGUUAUGCAACGGUUUUUGAUGACAGUUUCUGGCAACAGGUUAAGGACAUGCUAGAGGUGUCCAAGGAUGUUAUGCUGCUUCUUCGUGUUGUGGACGGUGAUAUAUCUGCGAUUGGAAAGAUAUAUGAGUGCAUGAACAGGUUGGAUGCAAGUUUAGAGGAAGGACAGUCGGAUUAUGGCAGGUACAGGGAACUUCAUCAGAUCAUGUCUAAUAGGUGGCAUGAGUAUCACUCGCUCAUGCACUCGGUGGCGUACAUGUUGGACCCCAAGUUUCAGGAGUAUGAAAAGCAUGCUAACAGAGAGGUCAUGAAGGACUGGAAUGCUUAUCUGCUGGCCAUGUUUACAUCCAGUGAGAGGGAUGUGAUACGUGAUGAGCUUUUAACUUACCGGAGGAUAGGAGGCAUUUUCAACUCAUAUGAUGCUAAGGCUGAUCGCACUAAGAGGGGAGCUGUACGUUGGUGGGAGGACUAUGGUUAUGAAACUCCAGCUCUUCAGAAGUUGGCCAUUCGAGUUCUAAGUCAGGCAUGCUCGUCAUCCUCGGUGGAGAGAUUGUUCAGUACUUUCGAGCAUGUUUCUUCAAAAAAGAGGAACAGACUUACCAUGGACAGAACAGCGGAUCUGGUUUUUGUGGCUUGCAACACCAGGUUGUUAACCUGCAAAAAUGAUUGUGAUUACGACAAGUUUGUAAGCUACAAAGUCCUGGAGACAGUUCCUCAUCCUGAAGACGAGCUUGAGUCAGGACAGGAAGAGGAAGAUGGAGAUGAUGUCGAAGAUCGUGAGAUCGAAGAUCAUGAGGUUGAAGAUGACGAUGAGAUGCAGGAUAUUUGA